CUUAUAGCAUGAACCGUAUCCACAAAUCCUCGAUCUUAUCUUCUUUCGUGUUCUUCCCCAAAAUUUUCAACUUGGCCUGUAACAUUAUCUGAGCUUGUCCCUACAGAGAGAGAUUGGAAAGAUGGGAUUUAAACGCCCUUUUGAUGAUGAGAAGUUUCAUGAGCUCCCAUUCAAACAUUCUAGAGAGCAAGACUUUAGCGAUAAGUCCAUGCAGUUUGAAGAGUUUAUUCCAUCCCAUGCUGUUUCGGAGAAACCUCUUGCCACGGAGAAUGAUGAGGGAGAUCUCUCAAAUCCUCAAGGAGGUGAAACCUUUGAUGAAGAGUCCAAUCUUGGGUACUACGGUUUUGACGUGGAUGGUUGUUUCGAUCGAGUCAUGAAAGAUUGCGACAGAGAAGCGGCAGCUCAUGCUCCUUAUUCUGCAAGCUAUUUUGAGGUUGGUCUUGUACCUCCAAGACCAUGUUCUCCUGUUGAGACUUUGUAUUCUUUCCUCUUGGAUCAACCUGCUAGAAAGCAAGUGCCCGUUGGACCAGAUCAUCAAGCCUUAAUUCCUGAGUGGGAAGGUAGCCAUGAGAACCUAGAAGCUUCAGGCACGUCGAAGCUAUCUGGUACAUGUGUUAUUCCCAUGCCGGCUUUGGCUAUGCCUGCAAAUACGGAUGGCGUCGUAGGCAAAGGUAGAGAGUACUGUAUCUGCCAAGACAGGGGUUCUAUAAGGUGUGUGCGCCAGCAUGUCAAAGAAGCUAGAGAAGAAAUGGUCAAGGUGCUUGGAUUUGAGACAUUCAGAGACCUGGGUUUCUGUGAAAUGGGAGAAGUGGUUGCACAGAGAUGGAGCGACGAAGAUGCAAUACUCUUUCACGAGGUUGUUUAUUCAAAUCCCGUGGCAUUAGGUCGCAACUUUUGGAACCACCUAGAAGCUGCGUUCUUUUCUCGAACCAAGCACGAGAUUGUUAGCUACUACUUCAACGUUUUUAUCCUUAGACGAAGGGCCACCCAAAACAGGUCUUUGAUAUUGGACAUUGAUAGUGAUGAUGAUGAAUGGCAUGGAGGUUCUUUGGUGACUCAAUAUGUCGAGGAAGAUGAAGAAGAAGAAGACCCUGCUAUUGAAUCUCAUCUUCAUCAAGUGACUAGCAAAUAUAAUGAGAAAGUGCAUCCAUUCAAUCAGGAAGAAGGUGAAGAAGAUGUCAGUGUUAGUGAUAAUGAUACCAGAGAAGGUGGUGCUGAACACGUGGAUAGAUUUUCUGGGUGCAACGAGGAGAGAUUGAACGUGGAAGAUGACUCAUAUACGACCUUUGAACUUGGACAUGAUGCAUUGAACUCUGUCUGGACGAACUGUACAAAGAAAGACGAGACAGGUGUUGGAGAGUAUCAGAAGAAGUCGAAUGAUCCGAAAGCGUCAGCAAAUGGCAAAGAUCUUCAACCAACAGUGAGCAUUAUGGAGGAGAUAUUUGGCCAUGGAGAAAGCAAGUAAGCAACAUCACUCUCAACAAGUUGCAGAAUGCUAGGAGACAUUUUUUUGGGUUAUGGGCUCCUCCAAAUGUUCCUCUUUUAAAGUAGAGAGAGUUUUUAGAAAAUUAAUUAAUGGUGUGGAACCUUGUGAACGGACUCAUGUUUCACUUUUCUUGGGACCUUCUUUUCUGGAAAUCGUUUAUUACCUAGAAUGUCAGAAUCUCUCUGAAUUGUUCUUAGGAUUUUUAUCUACUUGUGACCUUUAAAUUAAUGUUGUACAGGAAGAAAUGUGAAGGCCUAGUGUGCCUUUCGUUUUUCUUUUUUUCUU